UGACACAAGUUUGAAACUGCCGGGGAAAAGCGCCCUUCCCGACCAUGAAUUUGAGUUGAGAAACUACGAACCGAGAAAUCAAGCGAUCGAUGCAAUUGGAAUAGAUCGAACCAAUUGAAUCCCCAAAUAUUGCUUGCUGUGUCAACAUAAAGAAGCGUUAAACCGAAACCAAAAGGAUCCAGGUGUUACACCAGGUUCAUUAGAACUCACAUCUAAGCAUCAUCAAAGGCACUCCCUUGUGCAUUCAGAAACGAUACUCUUCAUCUGGAUGCAAAUCCUGUAUCAAUAAAUCUGGAAUAACAAUACGCACAACAGCACUUUUUCUCUGACCCACCAGCAUAUCCUCAGAGACCCUGUCAUCGCACAGCAGUCGAAAGAACAAUUCAUUUGGCAUAUAUACUACUUCCGUAUGGACCGAUAGCCCCCGAACUGCAUUCCAAUAGGCCAGGUUGGACGACAAGCUGCUAUGAAUGCUGCACAGCAAGAAACUAUUUUGAGUGCCGUUGUCGUCUCUUCAAGCACCCAUUGGGCAGGGCAACCUAUAUCUCAAGACGAACGACGGCGAGCCUUUAGCGCCCUACAAGAUUUCUCUACCCAGUUCGAAGGUCGCAUACCUGUCUGUUUACAAUGGUUGCAACAGCCACAAUUAACGGUGGCGAACGGAACGAUCGACUGCACGAUAACGACACAGCUUUAUGCUUGUGAAAUUUUGUCCUCCUGCCUCAACGACAAGACAAAAAAGUACGCUCAAUGGCAGGAAGGAGAUCGCCUGCAGUUGCGGCAGGCAGUCAUGACAGCCGCUCGGCUCCAGGCAAGUGCGCCAUUGGUCAACCCGAGGGAUGGUUCGUCCAACAAGACCAACACAACAACUUCACUGCCACUCGCGAACAAACUUGCGAGCUUGCUUUCGGCACUCGUGGUUCGCGACUUCCCACAGCGUUGGACGACUUGCAUUCAGGAUUUAUUCCAACAGCUAUGGUCAGAAACGGCACCACUCGUGGGGAAUAGAAUGUGUCUCCAGGUCUUACAGCUUGUGGCCGAAGAUUGUACCGAUUCCGAUUUCAAUUCCAAGGUACGUGUGUUUAAAAAUUGUUCAGGAAGGAUAUUAUUUUGGUCAUCUUUGUUACCGCAUCGAAUAUAGCUCUACAGAUUUACAUUCUAAUGCCCAGCUUCAAUGGAUCACUGUGCCGUGGCGGCAAUUGCAUAAUUUUUACCCUGGAAUUUUUCUUGACGAACACAUCAACAAAAAUCAUAAUCCGUUUAUUGCUUCGCAACGUCAUAGAUAUCUACCAAACGCCGGAACGACAUUUUAAUGGGAUUGAAUGAGGUUUCGCAUCAAUUUCUACCACUACUAUUCCGAUCCCUAGAACAUAUCACGACUUUGACCCAAGCCAGGACAUCGAUACAUCAGAUGAGAUUAUUUCUGGUGCAAAACCAGCAAAGAGUAUCUACCAUGACGCCGGAACAAAGUGCUGCGUAUUGGGCCGAAGAAGCCAAAAUUAAGGCUACUUCUUUGGUUAUAACAGAUACUCUGAAAUGUUUACAUCUUUUUUGCCGCAGUAUGCCUUUGGAGUGGAUAAUGAACUCUAAGUACGACUUUGCUUCAGCCCUAUUCCACCUGAUGAGGGAGUCGACUGAAAAUAUUAAUGUAUUGUCUGUGAAUUGUUUGGAGCAACUUGCACUUCGAGCGAAAUUGUCGUAUACAACAUGGACCCAAUGGAUACAAGACUUGCCGCAGGCUGUCGCACAAGCCAAUCAACAGAUGACACAAGAGACAGAAUACCUACAGGUGAAAGAGGUUGCUAACACGGGAAAUCAGUCACCAGAUAGUUUUGACAUCCCAGAUGCACUUACGCGCCAAUUAGAAUAUCACAGAGCUUUGUCAAGAAUGUUGGCUACAGUCGUGUCAUCGCACAUCGGUUUGAUAACCCAGGACAAGGCACUUUUGAAAUCUUCGAGUGAUAACAGCAACAACAAAAGGAAUAAAAAUGCCGACAGUUUUGCAGCAUACCUACGACUUCUUGUCGAUUUACUGCAUCAUCCAUCCGGUAGAGUUGUAGGCGAACAGAUUAAUUUGUGGGUAGGGAUGUUGCGAGAUCCACAAAUAUCGAAAUCCUCCACCCUUCUUGAUCCGUUAGUGACAGACAUUUUAAACAGUUUCACGAAUCAUAUGGUCAAACUUGACUGGGAUGAGGUUGAGGAGGAGAACCACCCUCAAAGUCAUCUCAUGCAAGCUAGCUGGGAAGACGAAGACGAUUACGAUGCAUGGAAUCACGAAUAUCGGGCAAAAGCGAGCCAAUUAUUCAAAUACGUCGGGAAUUGCCAACCACACGUAGCUUCUUCGGUGUUGCUAACGCGGAUCAGAAACCUGAUUUCUCAACAUGGAAACGGAGAACCCCGUGACCAUAUUUGCCGGACAAACCAGCAACUUACGGACAAAAGCACGGCAUCUCGGCAAUUCGAAGGUAUGGUGCAUCCAAUGGAAAAUAUUCUUAAUGGGUUGCCUCCUUGGUCAUUAAAUGCACAGGGGAAAAGUAGUAGUGCCGGGUCGCAAAAAAAGCAAGAACACCAGAAGCGACUUGAAGGCCAGAUUAGAGCGCAGACCCAAGCUUCCCUUUCUGAACUCGCCAAUGGGAUCGUAUCUUGGAAUCCUUCCUAUCUGUGGUUGAAGUUCAGACGUGCCCAAUUGUUGGAAUGUUUGAAACAUUACUGGAAAUACGACCCUUCAACACUACUACAGGGGGUGAAUUCAUUGCUUGGCUACAUUGGAGCACCAGAUGAGUGGGGGGAAACAAAAAUAGAGGCAGAUGGAUCAAAGCGACUAAGUGGAGAAACUGUAGGGUUCCGUAAGAAGAGUAGCAUGUCUCUUGUGGGACUCUCGAAGCAAGUACCCCAUCACUUGGUUCCAUGGUUGUCGGAGUUGAGCAAUGCGACGCGUUCGCUUCUAUCGCAACCAGAUCUACUUCAGACAAACCGCAUGAAUUUAUAUGAGUUUUUGUCUGUUGUAGCAACAGCGGUUGAAGAUCCUGUGCAGCGCGCUAAUUUCAUUGGCAGUGUUCUAGGAGACGCAUUGAAUACGUUGCAAUCUGCAGAAACGCAAGAUGCGCUAUCGUCCGUUGAUAACUUCGUUGCUGCUAUUGGAAUUACUCAGGCUGCCGGUAACCCUGCGAGUGUAACAGAUGUUGCAAACGUCAAGGCUGUAACUGAUCGGUUUUCGCGGAUUUUCUCAUCCUUUAAUGAACUACUAUCUGUUGGAAAAAGGUGCCACGAAGCUGCCAAGAAACGGGCUAAUGGUGGAAUUCCUGUCGCUGCUGUCAGUGGGGCUACGAAUGUAAAUAUUCCAAAAGGAAUGACUGUCACUGAAGCGGCUGAAACUCUGCAUUUUCCGGAUGAAGGCCCGGUCAGCAUUAACGACUUAGCUCGUGACGACCCGUUUGUUCCAUUGUGGCCUAGAAUCCUUCCACACAUCUUACGUAUGCUAAAUAUCAUGUUGAAGCUUUGGCAGCCUGGACAACAAGCAGUUUACUUGCAAAACCCUAUCCAAAGAUAUGUGCUAGCUAUUUCUGAUGACGACGCCUUUUUGGCGAGAAAGACAGAUGGAAAAACUGGUGGUGUGUUCGGAGAAGGGGGGACCGCCGGAAGCAUCAUACCCGGAACUGAUAGAAGGGAUAUGAAUCUGGCCCCGAGAUGGAGUGGAUGGCUGAAUGAAAUGCGAAAUGCUUUGUUCCAGACGCUAGGGUUGUUAGCUGGGCAAAGAGUUCUCUACGCCCCCGAGAUUGCGGAGUUUUAUCCUCAAUUAGUUUCGGUCGUCACGGAUCCAGAUAAUCUUCGCGCCAUGGAGCAUCGCCAUUGCACACAAUAUCUGUGAGUCUGUCAGAGGAAAGUACUUAAAAUAUAUUUAUGAUUAUUCAAUUAUGCUCACUUUUCUUUCUUUUUGUUCUAUUCACCACAGCAAACAAUUCAUCGAGGUCCUUCUGUUGAGUUGUCCUCCUACUCUGUAUUCUACUCAUCUUACCCCCAUUAUUGGACCAGUAUUUGAACAUAUGCAGUAUCGGUUAGGAAAAACUUGGGACCCCACCAUAAACCCAAGUGGUCAAUUGUCAUGCAAACCACUGAUCACGUCAGACAGUGAUUCAGCGGCUUUGCUGGCAAGCCAAAACGGGGAAGUUUGGUACACAUCAUACUAUGCCCGUUCUGGUUUGUUUGUCGGAGGCUUAGAUGCAGAGACAGCCGAAUCAGCAGUCGAGAAACACAGAGUCGAAGUAACACGAACAUAUAGUGAUGUAAUUCAGUCAGCAUUGGCUCUAAAGGGAGAUUGGGCUCUCGUGCUGGCUAAUUUGGCGAAAGAAAAUGAUGGUUCUAGUUAUGAAAAGAAGAAGGGACCGCCUACAUCUCGACUGAUUGUUGCGGACGGUGGUAGGGUGAAUGCCGACGGAACACCACGAAAAGAGAACCAAGCUGCUGUUGAUGCGCGGAAAUUGAAGCGCAUACACGCAUUGAAUCAUUUUAUGCUACUUGAAAACGAGGCAAUUGCUGGCUACUUGACACUGACAGUUAUCCAAUCUCUCUCCUAUCCCGAUACCUACACUUGUCGGCGCAUCACCCGUAUUUGUCAUCGCAUGUUGGAAACAGUAGCGUGGCACCCGAAUUAUACCGACCUAUUGGGUCGUCGAAUGCUUGCUGCAAUCACCAAAAAUAUUGUGACGGAACCGAAAUGGAUGGUAGGUACAGAAUGGGACAUGAUAAAUGUGUUCCGUGACAUUUACAUCCGUCUUGUUUUGGGUCAAAUCUUGCAGAUGGGUGGGCAGGGACCGGGUCUACAACAACCGCCAAGUGCCAAUCGUGCAUCCGGAGCAGUAUACGAGCAAGCCAAAUCGGCAGAGCGACCGCUACAGGGUGGUGGGAUGUUGACAGUUCCCAGUGAGUUGCCUCAUCAGCUAUUGAAUAGCCUCCCCGGAAUAUCUGUCGAGAUGAUUAAGAAAUUAGAUCAAGAUCUGUUGGCGAAACGAGCCGCCAAAAGUCAAAAGGACAUCAUUCGCGAUUUCUUGCGCAUUGCCGCCGAUGGAUGGAAAGAAAACCAGCAUCCAAACAAUCAGAGCGUGUUGGAUAGCGCUGUUGCUGAAGAAUCUCUGUUGCACAAUGCAAGUAAAUCUGCGGUCGUGGAAGAUCUUCCAGAGAAGUUGGUGCUAUCCAACAGAAAAUCCCGAGGGCAGAAGGCGAACGAGGAAGCCGUUGGAUUAUCUUCUUUUUCGCUCACCCGAUAGGACAGAGCAAUUAGGUCCGGUAAGCAUAGCGCUUUCGACAAAACUUGAAAACACAUCUUGAAUCAAUUUGUAGCUUCAUCCAUUACAAUAAAUUAUGAAAGAGCAGUAGAUCACAUUAUCAAACCAUAAAAACAAAACUUAAUUUAGAAACACUAAACUUUCGUAAUCUUUUUCUGGAUGAAAAAACAGUAGUUUUCAAAUUAAAGAAAGAGGAACGAAUGCUACUCCAUGGAUGACUUUGAAUGUUGCCAAGGAGUCGUUGGGUCUUUGAAGAUGAAAUCUAGUCCUUCUCGAUACGUUGGAAACAGCAAACCUCCGUUUGGCAACAGCUCUUCUCUCAUGCGCUUGUUGCAAACUAACUUGGAUUCUUUUUCGCGGCGCCUCUGUCGUGUUUUCGAAGACCGCGACGGAAUCGCCACCGGAUCGACUGCUAUUUGUGCGGCGGCCUCCUUCGUUCCUGCGGUGCUCACCCCGAUUCCGAUCGACGACAACAGUUUCAGUGCGUACGAGAGUACAACCGACCUCACUUCUGGUAGAUUGUCGGCAAGAUUGAAAAUACGGGCAGGAUUUCCAAGCUCGUUUUCUUCUAUUAGGAACAUUCCGGAAAGAACCGCACGUGCAAGAUCGACUGAAUGGAUGCGGUUGGUUUUGUUACCAACAGUGUUGAUCGGCACCGAAGCUGACGACGCGAACAUUUGCGAAGGGUCGGUCCCUUCUGCACCCAAAUUUUUGUACACCGUGUGCAGAGCCGAACGGGAAGAAUCGUAGAUGCCAGCGCACCGGAAAAUACAAAGGCGUCGAUUGCGGGGGCUGCCUGUGUUAUCUUCCUCGUUGUCGGCCUCCCUGACCCUAUCAGUAGUGGAUAUCCAGCUGUUUUCAAACGUACGAUACAAUGCAGCAUUGCUAUUUUUCUCACACAAAAGGGAAGAUUCUUCUGUAACUAGUCCACCGUUGUGAUUCCCAUAAACCCCGGUGGUCGAUAGGAUCCCCAGAACUUUCUGGCCGGAAGAGGCGUGGCUGCUGCUAUCACUACACUCCCACCACUCAUUCAAUGCUUCCAUGACAGCUUCCAUUGCAGGAUCGGGUUCUCGAGAGAGCGGAAUCGCAAACAAGACAUGGGAUGCAGGGGCAACGACGGGAUCACUGUAGUUCUUUCCCUUUCCUUCGUCAUCAUUGCUACCAAAUAAAUGCUCUCGGACAAUCGUAGAAUCAAAUGGUAUCCUCACGAUUUGUUCCUGGUUUUUAUCAACGCAUUCUUUGGAUAACUUCCGAACCGUCCCGACUACUUGAUUGACCGCGAUUUCUUCAUUUUCGUUUUGGACGAGUAGAUCUGCCACUUGGAGACCGACUCGUCCUAGACCAAUAAUCAGCAGCUUGUCGUUUUUGUUCCCAGCUCGUUCCGACGGCGCUGCCGGAUGGUGACGGUUGGCAAGGGCAUCCACGGUGAUAUCCGAGAGCAGGCUCGUUGCAACCCCGAGGAUCAACAGGACUCGCAAAAGGGGACGUUGCAGAUAAGGUGAAUCCGUGACCACGGUGGUCCCUGGCGAGCGACGAAGCAUCCCACCUGCCACCACGAGUACCAGUAUUCUUCUGCCGCUACCGGUAGGAGUCUCGGCGACCCAACUAUUUCGGCGCCUUCAGGAGGAGUCGUGCUUGAUGAACACAAAACGUUCAAGAGCAAACAAAAAGUAAUCCUGUAU